AUGCCGGCCCUGACGACGAUCGAGAUCCGCCGACGAGUUUGGUUCUGGGAUGAGGGUUAUCUGGUGUUGCCGUUGGCGUGGAGUAAAGCACUUCCUGGGGCGGGGGAGAAGGGUGAUGGAGAUGGCAAAGGUCAAUUGUUGGGUUUCCCCGUCAGGGAGUCCGCAGGUAUCUGCACGGCGUUAGCUGCUGAUGUUGCCUGGUUUGUGGUCGCCGCCUUCGACUUGGCUUCGUGGCCCAGAGGGUUCCGCCUGCGCGUCGACCAAGUACUCCGGCUCGUACGGGCUGUCGGUGUGCUGCGUCAACCAUGGCGUGAGGAGUCUAUGACCGUCGACGACAACGAGUCUGCGUCUGGAAGCAGCUCUCAGGGCAAGAGAAGCGACGUGCCGACGUGGACUGGCGUCGUGACCAACAGAUGCGUCAAGCAGCAGGGUUCUUGA